CGCAGGCGCGGAAGCCGCAGGAGGCGCCGAGCGCAGUCCCGCCUUCCCGGCUUCCUCGACCUUCUCCCGGACCCUGGUCUCGGCCGCGGGCGACUCUUUACCCACCCCGAGGGGGCCGGUGCCAGGCGACCAUGGAGACAGCUGGGGGCGCCGGCCAGAGCUCGGCCUCGCAGAGCGCUCCCGCCGAGGGCCCAGCCCCGGCGCCCCGGGAAGAUCAGGGGCAGCUGCUUUACCACGAGGAAACCAUCGACCUCGGUGGCGACGAGCUCGGGUCUGAAGAGAAUGAGACCGUCUCGGAGGAGUCCAGUACCUUUGCGGACAGGCUCGCCGAGCACCUGAUGGAGAGCGUGCUCAUCUCGGACUCGCCCAACAGCAGCGAGGACGACGCCGGGGAGCCCACGGGGGGCGGCGCAGACCGCGGCCUGGCCCCGGGUGCCGGCGCGCUGAGCGACGACAGUGGGAGCGCCGGAGAGGACACGCCCGAAGGCGCCUCCCCCGGGCCCCCCGACGGCCGGGCGCCCUCGGGGGAGAAAGACCCAGAGCCAGAAGGGAGAGAGCCGCCCGCCUUGGAGCACGGCGGCGCGGGUGCCGAGGCCUCGGGCCCCGGGGAGGACGAGAGGGCGCCCCCGGGGGGCGCGGCGGCCGGCGAGGCCCCCCGGCAGCCCUCCCCCAGGGACGAGCCGGUGCCCGUGUGCACCAUCUUCAGCCGGCCGCCCGGCUCCCAGCGCGACGGCUUCCAGUCGCAGAUGGUGAAAUCGCCGAGCUUCGGCGGCGCCAGCGAGGCGGCGGCGGCGGCGCGGGCCCCGGCCCAGGGCGUCCAGCCCAGCCCCAGCCUGAGUAAGUUUUUUGGCGACGCCGCGGGCCCCAGCUCCCUGGCCUCGGACUUCUUCGAUUCGUUCACCACGUCCACCUUCAUCUCGGUCAGUAACCCCAACGCCGGCUCCCCGGUUUCGCUGGCGGCCACCCCGAUGGGUGAGACCGCCCCGGGCCCCGCCGAGCCCGCCCGCCGCCCGGAGCCCGCCGUCGCCACAGGCGGCCCGGAGAUCCCUCCGUCCCCAAAACCGUUCUCGCAGAUCCAGGCCGUGUUUGCCGGCAGCGAGGACCCCUUUGCCACCGCCCUGAGCAUGAGCGAGAUGGACCGGAGGAGCGACGCCUGGCUCCCCGGGGAGGCCACCCGGAGCGUGCUCGUCUCCGUGGCCACCCAGCAGUACAGCGCCGUCUUCGUGGACAAGGAGGACCUCACCAUGCCCGGCCUCAAGUUCGACAACAUCCAGGGAGAUGCCGUUAAAGACUUAAUGCUCCGCUUCCUGGGUGAGAAGGCUGCGGCAAAGAGGCAGGUCUUAAGUGCCAACUCGGUGGAACAGUCUUUUGUUGGAUUGAAACAGCUCAUUAGCUGCAAGAACUGGAGGGCGGCGGUGGACCUGUGCGGGCGGCUCCUCACCGCCCACGGCCAAGGCUACGGCAAGAGCGGGCUGCCAACCAGCCACACGGCGGACUCCCUGCAGCUUUGGUUCGUGAGGCUGGCGUUGCUGGUGAAGCUGGGCCUCUUCCAGAAUGCCGAAAUGGAGUUCGAGCCCUUCGGGAACCUGGACCAGCCAGACCUCUACUACGAGUACUACCCUCUCGUGUACCCGGGGCGCAGGGGCUCCAUGGUGCCCUUCUCCAUGCGGAUCCUGCACGCGGAGCUGCAGCAGUACCUGGGGAACCCGCAGGAGUCGCUGGACAGGCUGCACCGCGUGAAGGCCGUCUGCAGCAAGAUCCUGGCGAACCUGGAGCAGGGCCUCGCGGAGGACGGGGGCAUGAGCAGCAUGGCACAGGAGAACCGGCAAGCCUCCGUGCAGCUGUGGCGGUCCCGCCUGGGCCGGGUCACCUGCUCCAUGGCCAACUGCCUGCUGCUCAUGAAGGAUUACGUGCUGGCCGUGGACGCCUACCACUCGGUCAUCCAGUACCUACCGGAGCAGGAGCCCCAGGUGCUGAGCUGCAUCGGCCGGAUUUUCCUCCAGAUUGGAGACAUAAAAACAGCUGAAAAGUAUUUUCAAGACGUGGAGAAAGUAACACAGAAGUUGGAUGGACUACAGGGUAAAAUAAUGGUUUUAAUGAACAGAGCUUUCCUCCACCUCGGUCAGAACAACUUUGCAGAAGCCCACAGGUUCUUCACGGAAGUCCUAAGGAUCCAGCCAACAAACGCGGUGGCCAACAACAACGCGGCCGUGUGCCUGCUGUACCUGGGCAAGCUCAAGGACUCGCUGCGGCAGCUGGAGGCCAUGGUGCAGCAGGACCCGCGGCACUACCUGCACGAGAGCGUGCUCUUCAACCUGGCCACCAUGUACGAGCUGGAGUCCUCGCGGAGCCUGCAGAAGAAGCAGGCGCUGCUCGAGGCCGUGGCCAGCAAGGAGGGGGACUGCUUCAACACACAGUGCCUCAAGCUGGCCUAGGCCCCGCCACGGCCGCCAGUAAAGCCUCCCGCCCCCGUG